AUGGCAGCCUCCAAGAAGAGAACCGUGUCUAAAGACGAUCUUCGUCGUUUAAUGAAAGAAACAAAAGUUAAUGCUGGAAAUCUCACCAGAAAAGUCGAUCACCCACUUGCAAAAUACAACAAACUUGGACAGCUAGUCUGCAGUCUUUGUAAUAUAGCGAUCAAGAGUUCAUUGCUAUGGCCAGCCCACAUACAGGGACGCCAGCACAAAGAGAUGCUGGCAGCUCCCAAACCAAGCAUCAAUAAUAAUCUACAACAAAUGAACCUUUUAAAGAGAAAAGCUAGUGAAAACCUUAAUGACUCCAACUGUCAUAAAAAGCAUAAAGAAGAAGAGAAAGAUCCAGCUGUAAAAUCCAAUUUGACAAAAUCACCAACACAGACUUCCCAAUCUGAUCCCAGUGCUUGGCAUAAGCAGUUAGCUGCCACAUGUUCUGAAGAAUCGUCAUCUGAAGACGAGGCAGGGAAAGAAACGGAUGUCAAUGGUCAUCCUCCUGUUGAAAAUGAGACCCCAUCAAGUUCAGAAGUCACAAGCAAAGCUGAUUUACCUGCAGAUUUCUUUGACGCGCCAAAUGGUGUGACAAAAGAAAAUGCUUCUACUGUUGACAAGAAAAUCUCAGAGGUCUUACCAGAGGGAUUCUUUGAUGACCCCAUUAUGGAUGCCAAGGUUCGACAAGUGGAAUAUAAAGACAAGAUGGAAGAAGAAUGGGAACUUUUCCAAAAGCAAAUGAAAGAAGCUUCCCAUGUGUCUGAGGCUAUUAUGGAGGAGGACGAUGAACAGGCAAAUGUAGAUCGCAAUAUUGAUGAAAUUGAUGAACAAAUACACCGAUGGUCCCAAAUAAAUGAAUUACAAAACAAAAAAGAAGAAAUAAUGAAGGCAAAGUCACAAAAGAACAAUGACGAUUCUGACAGCGAUGACAGCACAGCGUUGGACGAUUUUCGGGACCUCUUGGAUUGGCGAUCAAAAAAAUCGUGGACGUGA